GUGGAGAGAGACACAGCUUUUAACAAUGAAGGUGCUUGUGUGGCUUGGCAUUGUAAUAAAGCUUGUUGUUCUGUCAAGCAAGGCCUCUGAAGCGGUUGAGCAUCAUUACGUGAAUGCAAGUGAUCUCAACUCAUUGGAGGCACACGAAGCUGAAGCGUCCUUAGCUGGAAGGGGUGCCUACACUCUUAUGGUAGCACUUACCCUUAUUCAAACUGCUGCUGCUAAAGGAGCAGUUUGUUUGGAUGGAUCAUUGCCUGGUUACCAUUUACAUCGAGGAUAUGGAUCAGGAGCAAAUAGCUGGAUCGUUAAUUUAGAGGGUGGAGGAUGGUGUAAUGAUGUCAGGACAUGCAUUUAUCGCAAGAAAACUCGGCGCGGAUCUUCAGUAUUCAUGGAAAAGGAGAUACCUUUUACAGGAAUAUUAAGCAAUAAGGCUGAACAAAAUCCAGAUUUUUUCAACUGGAACAGAGUGAAGAUUCGUUAUUGUGAUGGUGCCUCUUUUGCUGGGGACAGUGAACAUAAGGCUGCACGUCUGCAAUUCCGAGGACAGCGCAUUUGGAUGGCUGCAAUGGAAGAUCUGAUGUCGAAGGGAAUGCGUUUUGCUCGGCAGGCUCUACUUUCCGGAUGCUCAGCUGGUGGUCUGGCUACCAUCAUACACUGCGAUGAAUUCCGAGGUCUGUUUCCAAGGAGUACAAAAGUGAAAUGUCUCAGUGAUGCUGGGCUAUUUCUUGAUGCGACCGACGUAUCUGGUGGACAUACACUCAGGGAUUUUUUCAGUGGUGUUGUAGGGUUGCAGGGAGUGCAGAAGAAUCUGCCGCGUACUUGUACCAAUCACCUUGAUCCCACAUCGUGCUUCUUCCCUCAGAACUUGAUUGCCGGUAUAAGAACCCCACUCUUCAUUCUCAACACUGCCUAUGAUUCAUGGCAGAUCCAGUCAAGCUUAGCUCCGACGACAGCGGACCCAAGUGGCAAUUGGCACGAUUGUAGAAAAGAUUAUUAUAGGUGUUCUGGUUCACAGAUCCAGUUUCUACAAGGUUUCAGGAAUGAAAUGUUGAAUUCUAUGAAAGGCUUCUCAAGAUCAAAUCAGAAUGGAAUGUUUAUCAAUUCAUGUUUUGCUCACUGCCAAUCUGAGAGGCAGGAUACAUGGUUUGCGGACAAUUCUCCUGUCAUUAGGGAAAAGGCAAUUGCUCUGGCAGUUGGAGACUGGUUUUUCAACCGUGCUGUCGUUAAGGACAUCGAUUGUGCUUACCCUUGUGAUAAUACAUGCCACAAUCUGAUCUUCAGAUGAAGCAAAUUUUUAUCAAAUUGUUCCAAAUUCAUUCACCACAUUCAUUUGGCCCUCUUCUCAUCAGCAAUUAGGAUAUAUAUUUUUCACCUAAAAUUAUUAUACCAGGCAAUUAAAGGGGGGAAAAAAAGAGGUUGCUGAAAGUGAUUGUUGUUAUGUAUAUGUUUUGUGAAUCCUUUGUUGCAGAUAUUGACAAAUACUUGCAUGUCCUUCAAGUACAUUUAAUGUAUAGAUUAAUUUUAAUCACUGAAAAUAAAACUUCAAUGAUUAAGAUUAUUCUUGGAACACAUUAAAUAUACUUAAGAAAUUUGCAAGAAUUCUCAUCAAAUAUUUUUGGUUAUCCAAUAUUUUUUUAGGUCAUGGAGAGGCAAUAGAACAUUAGAAUUAGGGACAGUUUGCAUACUGUAAAUUGGUAGUGAUGAUUGAACGAGAUCAUCUCAAUCUCAUUUGAAUAUUUCCCUUCUGGUUGUAAUAAAAUGUUUGGCAUUCAUUAUUGGUCAA